AUGGAAAAAUUCUUGAGGGAUUGGCGGCAAGAUGCCUUGAACAAAGCCCAGUACGAUGCGGCCAUUUUCAUCGGCGACAAGCUCUUGGCCCUGACCAACGACGACCAGGACGCUUUUUGGCUCGCCCAAGUCCACUUUGCUACGGGCAACUACACUCGCGCUCAGGCCUUCCUCUCCAAACAAGACCUCAUCUCCCGGAACCCGUCCUGUCGCUACCUCGCAGGCCACUGCCUUAUCAAGCAGUCUCGCUACGAAGAGGCGCUCGUGGUUCUCGGAGAACGGAACCCUACGCACCUGAUAUCCAACGGCGGGAGCAACAAGCGCAAGUCACAGCCCCGCCACGGCAAUCGGCGGCGCGAUGGCGAGGUGGACGAGGAAGAGGCCGCCAACCGACGAUUCGAGGCCGCCAUGUGCUUCCUGAGGGGGAUAUGCUACGCCAAACAAAACGCAUUUGAUCGAGCCAAGGAAUGCUACAAGGACGCUGUGCGGAUCGAUGUUCGGUGUUUUGAGGCUUUCCAACAGCUGAUGAAGAAUUCGCUGCUGUCGCCAGACGAAGAAUGGCAAUUCCUCGAGAGCUUGGACUUUGACUCGAUAUCCGUUUCGGGAGACGUAUCUUCGUCGCAGGAAGCUGCAGACUUUACCAAGAUGCUUUACACUACCAGGCUGUCAAAAUACCGAAACCCAGCUGCUUUCGAGACAGCGUACGAUUCUCUCUCGACACAUUAUCAUUUAGCCACAAACCCCGACCUUCAACUGGCGCGGGCUGACCUUUUGUACACGCAAUGCCGCUACCAGGACGCUCUCGCCAUUACCAACGCGAUCCUGCAAGAGGACAAGUACAAUUUCUCCAUCUACCCAGUGCAUCUCGCCUGCCUGUACGAGCUCAAGAUGAAGCACCUGCUCUUUCUUGUGGCGCAUGACCUCGCCGACACACACCCCGAGGAGCCAUGCACGUGGUUGGCGGUCGGUGUCUACUAUUUUGCGAUUGACAAGAUUGCGGAAGCCCGUCGAUAUUUUAGUAAAGCUAGUAUGAUGGAUGCUCAUUUCGGGCCGGCCUGGAUUGGCUUUGCGCACACCUUCGCCGCCGAGGGAGAGCAUGACCAGGCCAUCUCGGCGUAUUCGACCGCCGCACGCCUCUUCAUGGGCACUCACUUGCCGCAGAUUUUUCUGGGCAUGCAAAACCACGCCCUCAACAACAUGGCGCUGGCGGAGGAAUUCCUCAAGACGGCAUACGGUUUGUGCAAGACGGACCCGCUGCUGCUCAACGAGAUGGGCAUUGUCAAGUACCACCAGGACCGCCCCCGAGAUGCGGUGCAAUACUUUGAGGCAGCUCUUGACAUUGCCGAAGAGAUCAACAGCGAACCGGGGGCAUGGGUUGCCACCAAGACAAACCUGGGCCAUGCGUACAGACGACUCCGGCAAUUCAACAAGGCGCUGGAUGUGUUCAACGACGUGCUAAGGCUGGGCGGUAAGGACGCGGCCAUCUUCAGCGCAAAGGGCCUCAUCCUGAUGGAGCAGAACCGGCCGGAAGAGGCGGUGUCGGUGCUGCAUCAGGCGCUAGCCAUCAACCCGCAGGACAGCAUCGCCACGGAACUCUUGAACAAGGCGCUCGAGGAGACGGUGUUGGCAGAUGGCGCUGCGGAGGAGGAGGCGGACGAUCUGGCCGAUUUCGAAAGCCACCUGGAUCAGAGAAAGUUGGAGGCGGCGCAACGAGUCAAUGGACGCCGGGCUGGGCGCGGCAUGCUCGACAAGGGCAAAGGGAGGGUCACUAGAAGAAGGACCUUGCUGGACGACGAGGACAAGGGCGAGAGCAUGAUGGAAAUGACGGACGAGGACGAGUAA